ACACGGGGCGGGGCCAUGCAAAUCAGGUUCCAGUGGGCGUGGUUUGGUGACGUGUCGCCGGGGGCGGGGCAUGCAGCGGGAGCGGCGGCGCGCGCCAUGGGGCCGGAGGAGCCCGACCUGUACCGGGACACGUGGGUCCGAUACCUGGGUUAUGCCAACGAGGUGGGCGAGUCCUUCCGCGCACUGGUGCCGGUGCCAGUGGUGUGGGCCAGCUACGGCGUGGCCACCGCCUACGUGACCGCCGACGCCAUCGACAAGGGCCGGAAAGCCGCCGCCGCCCACGCACAGGACCCCACGCGCGUGGGGGUGGCCGUGGUGGACACCUUCGUGUGGCAGAGCCUGGCCUCGGUGGCCAUCCCCGGCUUCACCAUCAACCGGCUGUGCGCCGCCUCGCUGGCCCUGCUGGGCGCCCUGACCCGCUGGCCCCUGCCCGUGCGCCGCUGGACCACCACUGCCCUGGGGCUGGCUGCCAUCCCCCUCAUCAUCACCCCCAUCGACAGGACUGUGGAUUUCCUGAUGGAUUCCAGCCUCCGCAAGCUUUACAGGACACCAGGAGAGCCCCCGACGUCCCACUGAGCACCACCCUGCGCGCUGGGGAAACUGAGGCAUGCUGCUGUGACCCACCUACUGUGACCCCUCACUCUGGUGACCCCCAGAGUGGCCACCCUGCCCCACACUGGUCCUAAUAAACCAUUUCAAACAUGA